UUCGAGUGAAACAGACAUCAAACGUUGCAAUUACACAGACAUUAGAGGAUCGUCUUCGAGAGAUCAUUUCCUCACCUCGACCGCCUUUUCGUGUUCGUAUUUUUAAAUAAACACGAGUCUCCCCUUUCCGCCUAAAGUAUUAUCCGACAUUAUGUUCGACUGGUUGAGAUUAUCGAAUUUAUCGAAGAAAGUUCGGGCGGGGAAGAAAGGAUUUUACCAUGUAAACGAGAAAAAGAAAUUAUCGGUCUCGUAUUCGUCAACGUAUAACUUCGAGUCGUCCACGGAGUUCGAGCUUAAAAAUUCUUUAUCGAAUAUAAAACGGACGAAUAGUAAAAAUUUGGCGAAGAAGAACAAAAAGAAAACUUCGAGGGGGAUAUUCUCCUUUUUCAAGAGGAGAUCGAAGGCGGAGAUCAUUGAAAGAAGGAAGAAGAAAUAUCAGAUAACCGACAGCAUAUUGGAGAAGAUAAUGGACGAUGUGAUGAAAUCGGAAUCAGAAGAAUCUAUAUUUCAUUUCGUGAACAACAACAAGAAGGAGGAGGAAACGGAGGUGAAAGUACCGGAGAAUAAUCUUGACAUUGCGACUUCGUCGAAAAAACGGAAACGGAAAUGCAAAAGGGAACUGGACUAUUGCGCGAGAAGAAAAUAUCAAUCUCAGGUGUUCAGGUUCGACGAUAUUUCAUUCACGUCCUCGUCCAACGAGGAAAGCUUCGUCACGUCAUCGCCGAAGAUGAAACCGGUCAUAAAGAGGAAAGCGCGAUAUUCGUUCAUGGACAGGAAGAAGGUGUCGUUCGCCGAUCAGGACAGGAAAAGAUGCUUGUGGAAGAUGUCUAAGUACGACGAAGAGAUAGAAGAGUUGAUUGCCGAUAAAUCGAACUCCGUCGAUUCGUUAGAUUCCUACUUUUUCAACAGCGAAAACGAAUUCCUGGUCGAUCAAAACAAGAACGUGCAAGUUUUCGAACCGGACAGUUUUAAUUAUUUCGAUUGCAUCGUUCAUGUGCCGGAGGGAGGCGAGUCGAAUUGCAUAAAUUUCGAAAAUGUAUCGAACGAAAAUGUCGUAAGCGUGAACAACGAGGAGGAGCAAGAGUCGAGCAUAAUUCACGACACAUCUUUGUUUUGCGCGUCGAGUUUCACGAAGGCCACGUUCGACGACGAGAACGUGUUCGAUCUCGAGGAAUCUGAUGAGCGUUUGGUGAGAAACGCGAGCAGAACCGUCCUCGACGAUAUGUUGGAGUUAAACAGCCGACAACCGAUCGGGAACAAUUCAGAAAAUCAUAACCGCGAGGAGGAAUCGGAUCUCGCGAGGCCCACCGAAUCCAUGUAUUACACGCCUAAUUACUACGCGUCCACGUACGACGAUGACGAGAAAAACUCCGAUAAAUCAGACCGAUCCGAGAGAUCGGAGGGAUUCGAGAAAUCGGAGGGAUUCGAGGGAUUCGACGGAUCGGAGGGAUCGGAUGGAUCGGAUGGAUCGGAGGGAUCGGAGGGAUCGGAGAGAUCGGAGGGAUCCGAGGAAUCGGAGGAAUCGGAGGAGUCGGAGGAAUCGGAGGAAUCGGAGAAAUUGAAGAAAUCGGAUGACGAUUACGUGAUAAAAAAUGCUAAACAGAUCGUUUAUGAUAAAUUGCUGGAAUGGGACGAGCCGAAUAGUUUCGAGAAUGAGUCAUUGUCCAGAUCGAUCGAGGAAUUGUGCAGCGAUGAUAGCCUCGAGUCGAAUUCGAUGAUCGAUCAGAAUUUUUCCGAAUUCCCCUCGCAUCGAAUCAAAAAUAACCUUUUCCUCAGAUAUCCGCUUAAUCAGACGUAUGAGAACGAAGAACUAUUGUAUUCCGAUGAAGAAGAAUAUUCCUCUUCUGAGUCUUCCAACGCGCAGGAUAACAAAUAAUUCGUUACAUUUUACGACAUAUCAAAAGGAUGUAUACAUUGCACUAUAUCAAGAGGAUGUUGGCCAGGUUCUAGAAGCGAGGGCUUUGGAGUAUGGUGAUUGGGUCAAAAGCGUCCAAUAUUGGUAAAUCCAAUCUAAUUUACGUUAAUUACGAUCGUCAACCGUUGAAUGUGAUCGAAAAUGAUCCGAUCAAUCAUGAAAAUUGUUUAAUGUGUAUUGUUUGAAAUCGCACGUAUUUUACAAUUUUUAACUUAUGCAUAACAUACUAUAAUAUGUGUAAUAAUUUGCAUUAAUAUUUGGACACGAGAUAUAUUUAUAUAUUCGAUUGUUUAGUCGAUAGAAUAUAAAUAUAUAAUAAAUUUCGUUUAAUUAAUAUAAAUAAUUUUUUGCAAAAUGAACGAUGAAUGGAUAAUAUUACAAUACGUUAACAUUGUAUAAGUUUCCCAAUUAGAGUUAUAUAAACAUUAUAUACCAUAGAAUAGAUUAUUGGAAUUAAUAAAAUAUAAAUGUAUAUAAAUAUAUUUCAAUAAUUGAAAUAAAAUUAAUUUUCAUAUAUUAAUGUUUAUUUUAAACCAAAUAAUAAACAAUCAUAAGAUUUAUUAUUGGUAAGUUCAUAUCAUUGUUCAUUAUUACUUAGAUUAUUAUUUCUUAUUCAUAUAGUAUUUAUUUAUUAUGUAUAACAUUCUAUUUUGAUAGCUUUAAAUUUUUUUUCGCGUGCUACACAGGUACUAAUUCCUAUAAAUUAUUAAUCAUUAUUUUUUAACUUAAUAUAUACGUUCAUUUAUGAUUCAUUUUUUAAUAUUAUUUUCUUUUGCUAAAUUCGUCGCAUAUAUGAGCGUUAUUUUUAAUAAUGCGAAU